AUGACCAAAUACGGCAGUUGUGGCAAAUUUGCGCCCAAACAGCAACCACAACCUAUGCAGUCUCAUCAAACUCCAAGCUAUCCGUAUCAGAAAGUCAGCAUGGAUCUAUGCGAGAUAGAUCUAGAUGGAAGACGAAGGAUCUAUCUUAUCACCGUGGACCACUUUUCGGACUAUUUCGACGUCGAUGAGACGACUUCAAUAACAAUAAGUGUAAUCGUCAAAACUUGCAAGAAGAACUUUGCAAGGUUUGGAGAACCGCAGUACGUGUCAACCGACAGUGCUGUGCAGUUUCUCAGUGAGGAGUUCCAGCAGUUCGCGCAUGCGUGGGGCUUCAAACAUACCGUUUCAGCUCCCUACCACCAGCAAGCGAACGGCAAGGCCGAAUCUGCGGUAAAGAUAACCAAAACGUUGCUGAAAAAGGCGUAUGAGUCGAAACAGGAUUUCUGGGAGUUGCUGUUACAGUGGAGGAAUACGCCAAACAAAACUAACAGCUCUCCUGCACAACGAUUGUUAAUACUGAUGGCUGAGGAGAAAUAUGCACCGAAAAUUGAGGAAGGAGUGAAGGAGAGAAUCAAGCGGAGCCGUCAAGAAGCAAAAUUAUUCUAUGAUCUCAAAGCACGACGCGACAGUUGCCUCCUUUGGAGAUUGGAAACCCGGUUUUUGUGA